GACCAAUCAGAAGUUCACAGUCGCGGGGCUUCUCUCGCCUGCUCAGUUUGGCCGCAUACUGUACCGCUCAACAUUUCUUGUGGAAAUCUUGAGAAAGUCUAACAGCCAGGCUGGUUUGAUAGAGCGUACGGCCGCCACUUUUGACGGGCCAGGCCGCCCCCAUCCAUCACGCCCACCAUGCCUCUGGUUACCAGAAACAUAGAGCCGCGGCAUGUGUGUCGCCAGAGCAUCCCCACUAACAUCCGCAGUGAGCUGGAGUGUGUCACCAAUAUCAGCCUGGCCAACAUUAUCCGCCAGCUCGGCAGCCUCAGUAAGUAUGCAGAGGAUGUGUUUGGAGAGCUUUUUGAGCAGGCUGGAGCUUUUGCCAUCAGAGUAAAUACACUGGGUGAAAGAGUGGAUCGUCUGCAGGUCAAAGUCACCCAACUGGACCCCAAAGAGGAGGAGGUCUCCCUGCAGGCCAUCACUACACGCAAGGCCUUCCGUAGUAAUCUGACCCAGGACCAGCAGCUGUUCACCAGGCCAUCUCUGCCCAUGCCUGUCCAGGAAACCUACGAGACCUGCAGUCAGCCUCCACCGCUCAACAACCUCAGCCAGUACCGGGAGGAUGGGAAGGAGGCCCUGAAGUUUUACACUGAUCCUUCCUACUUCUUUGACCUGUGGAAGGAGAAGAUGCUGCAGGACACCAAGGACAUCAUGAAGGAGAAACGCAAGCACAGAAAGGAGAAGAGGGACCAUCUGAACCCACGGACGCUGAAUCCUCGGAAGAUCAAGACCAGGAAGGAGGAGUGGGAGCGCCGCAAGAUGGGGGAGGAGUUUGUGGUGCCAAAGAAUGAAAUGAUGAAUUCCUUGGAGGGUCUGAAUGGCAGUAUUGGAUCAGGAGAAGGCUUCACUUCUGACGGCUUGGAGCAGAGUACGGGCUCCUACGCUUUUGACCCAGGCUCCCCUCUCCCUCCGCCCGGCCCUGAUGACUUCCUGCCCCCACCACCACCAGACAUGGCGUAUGAUGGAAUGACAAACCAGAAGAGAGUCAGUGUGCUGAGUCCCACCCACCCCCCUCCUGCUCCUCCCAUGGCCUCCCCCCCAGCCAACUCCCGCCCCAACCUCUCCCCUCCUCCUGCCCCUCCUCCACCUCCUCCCCCCUCUGGCUUUGGGGCCCCUCCGCCUCCUCCUGGCUUCGACACCCCACCCUCACCUCCUCCCCUCUCAUCCUCCCCCACCGCCUAUCCCUCUCCCCCUGCUCCCCCUCCUCCUCCCUCCAUGUCCUCUGUUGCUCCUCCUCCUCCACCUGCCCUGCCCCAAGGUGGAGGUCCCCCACCACCUCCUCCUCCUCCUCCUCCCCCUGGUCCUCCUCCUCCAGCCUCUGGGCCCCCUGCACCUCCUCUUCCCGCAUCGGGUGGUGGGGCGGCUCCCAGCUCUGCUCCUAAACCUCAGCCGGCGCCCGCCAGUGAUGCUCGCAGUGACCUGCUACAGGCCAUCCGACAAGGGUUCAACCUGCGGAAGGUGGAGGAGCAGCGGGAGCAGGAGAAGAGGGACCACUUUGGCAAUGACGUGGCGGCCAUCCUGUCACGUCGUAUCGCCGUAGAGUGCAGCGACAGCGAAGACGAUUCCUCCGAGUUCGAUGAUGACGAGUGGUCUGACUGAUGGCCCCCCCUCUUCAUCCUGACCACCACCAUAGUUUUAUAGUUUUUCUCAGCUUGAAGUCACAUCUGAGCAAUUCCAAUCAAAGUACAUUGUCUAGUAUCAACUGAAUAGAGGUCACUAUUCCUCACCAUUCCUCCUUUUUAAUAACAGUCACAUUCCUCCAGUCAUUUAUUUCCAUUUAUCCAAAAUUCCAAAGAUUGGAGUGUGUGUGCUGGCUUGUGUGCAUGUGCCAUUCCUGAUGAUUUUCUGUGCUUGGAAUGGACGACACACCACUGCUAUUAGUGAAAGAGGGUUGUUUGAUUUGAUGUGUGUCUCUCUACUGAGUAUGUGUGUGAACACACUGCCACUGUCUUUAUAUCACUGUAUUUUAUGAAUUACCUGAUGCUGUUAGCUAACCACCUGUUUUUAUCUGCUUUAAUAUAUAAGACAGUAAAUGCUGGUGGAGAGGGAGCACACACAUGCAUGCAAGCAAGCUCUUAUUUAUAUAUACUCAGUGGAAAGACACUUGUGGUGUGAAAAGCUGAUGUCAAAACAUUCUCCCUCUGUCACUCACACAUUCAUAGAUAGAAGAAUAUAUUGAUUGUAUAUGGUUAUGGUUGUAUUACCUACAUUGAAUAAUAUUUACUUAAAAAUAAUGCGAUCUGUUUAAAAGCUAAAGCACAGAUUUCUAUUGCUUUUUCUCCUUGCUUUUGUAUUCUGUCCCUCUUUUCUGUGGUUGUCAUGGUAACAGUUGCCUUGAGGAUGAGACACAUUCCCUUAUGGGUGAAUUCAAGAUGGCUGAAUGAUGGUAAUGGUUGUAGAUUAUAAAUAAAUGUAUUGAUUUAUUAUUCAUUGUGGUUAGGGAGGUGUUGGCUCAUAAACUGCUCUCUGCACAAACUCCAAGUCAGGUGCCUUAAGUGUUUGAUGAGAUAACGUUUCUUAACAUAUGGAGAUGUGCACCAAAGAAGGCAUAACUCAUUUUGUGUGAUUUUUAAGCUGUGUUAUGUAUUGCUCUCUGCAAUUUUCAAUUUUGAACUACCUUGCUGUUAUGAACUAGUCUAUUAUUGCACAUCUUCAAUCACUGUGCUCUGUAUAGACUGACAUGACUAUCUACCUUGUCCUGCCUACUUGCAAGUGCCUUUUUGUGUUGUUUUUGAGUGUCACGAGGCCACUGAUCAUUCAAACUAAUAAUCAUCAAUGAUGAGUCAAAGAUAGAACUGACUACUGAUCAGUGUGAGCCAAAUACAUAGUCAAAGUGCCUUUAUUUUAAAACUAAAGUCUGCCUGUGUUAAAUGCCCCGUCUCACAGCAUGUUCAGCCAAAGCUUUGCUUCUCCUGCCUUAAUUCUCUAAAUGAUUAUAGUUAUCUCAAUAAACAUGGAAUAAAUGAC